CAAAGUAAAGUUGCAAAGUUGACAUCUCGUUUAUAUGCGCGCGGCGCGGGAGGGAAGCGCGAGUGCGCAACGGUGUGCGCGACUGACGGGAACGCGCAGUUCGGUUGGGAAUGUGAUGAUGUAGCAGCAGAAACUCAGUCUCAGUGAACACACAAUCUCGACUUCACAUCUUCCGGGAGUUUCCCACUGGAAAGAGUUUCACGCGAAUCGUCGAAGAUGAGGCGUUUGGAGACUCCAAUGGGGAUGUUUUUUUCUGACGAAGUUAAGGGAUGAGUCCUCGGGUUCACAUGAUGACUUCAGACCUGUUGCUGGCUCUCCACAUGUCCUCGAUCUGACGAUGGUGACCUGUUUCAACUCUUCCAGCUCCAACUCGACCGUGAGCGCGGAUGCGGCUCCUUUCCCCGGGAUCACGAUGGUUAUCCUGGCGAUCCUGAUGACGAUACUGGUGGUCGUGGUGGUCGGCGGGAACGCGUUGGUUAUUCUCGCUUUCAUCGUGGACAAGAGCCUCAGAAAUCAAUGCAAUUACUUCUUCCUUAAUUUGGCUAUCUCGGAUUUCCUUGUUGGGGCGUUUUGCAUCCCGGUCUACAUGCCCUACAUCUUGACGGGCCGGUGGAUGCUGGGUCGAGGACUCUGUAAGCUGUGGCUCGUGAUGGACUACCUGUUGUGCACAGCGUCGGUCUUCAAUAUCGUUUUAAUCAGCUACGAUCGCUUCCUGUCCGUUACCAGAGCUGUGAGUACCAACACUAGCCUACCCGCUUACUAAUGCCAACUAUGCACAUUCCCAACGGUGGGAUGUUAGGUUAACGAUUUGUUUUUAUUUAUGACAUUAUUUUAAUUUGACUUCAU